AGUCUUUGGAAACACUUACUCUUCCCUUAAAAAAAAAAAAAACAUCUCUACGAAAGGCGGCGACCGCUACCCCGUCGACUUCUUGUUGCACUCACAACAUACGCACGCAGUCCAUUUUUCUUUUCUUCUUCUUUCUGCAAUUCAGUAGCUCAGCAAAUGGACUCGCAAACCCGCAGUGGUUUUCGUGCGUCCGAGUUACAGCGAUUCACCUUCGCGCCACGGACGGCAGAAAGCGUUGCAUGCAAUGGGGCUGCAUCGUGCCCCAAGGCCUUCGAUGACGUCGACGACUCGCAACAGACGGAUCGCUCGUUUGAGAUGCGUGGGGAAGACGGCGAAAGAGCGCAAGAGACCAUCACCGUUCGAACAACGGUGCCGCGCACCACAUGCGUCACGAGCAGCAGUCCUCUUUCCAGGAGAGAGCAGCGCAGCGCUGCAGUGCACGUUGAUCCUCAUCGCAGCCGCACCGUCGCCGCCGCCGCCGCCGCGAAGGAGGAGGAAGAAAAAGAGGCGGCGGCGGAGCCGCUGACGGCGGAGAAUGAGACGUGGCGCCACUGGGGAUUCCGGCAUACCUGGAACGGUUUCGUAAUGAUGCUCCUUGGUCUUUAUCAAGUAGUGCAGGUGGGUGUGCGUCGGCAGCCGGCGGAUGUGGAGACGAUCACCAACACAACCAACGCGUACAUGUCCGCCCCUCCUCGUGCGGAUGAACUGGAAAAGAAGGCGGGAGGACUCGGCAGCGCCGAAACCGUACCGUUAUGA